AUGUCGAUUAUUUUUCACCCGGAUACGCGCAUGACAAUCGAUACUGCUUGUCGAACGGCUGAGCAAUUCACCAAGUUGUACUACAAAAGUGUAGAUAAAAAACGUCACCAAGUGGCCAGGUUGUACAUGGCAAAUGGGCGGCUGGUUUGGAACGGGCACGGCGCAGCCGGGAAGAACAAAAUUCGAAAGUACUUUCAACAGCUGCCCCGAUCGAAGCACAUAAUUAACAGUCUCGAAGCGCAACCGAUUUGCGGUGAUGCAGUGCCGUCGCAGUUAACUCUCAUUAUCCAGGUGGCCGGCUACGUCAAGUUUCUACAGAACCGUAGACCAUUCCUGCAAACGUUUAUAAUUACGGAACAGGGUGAGAAAUGGAAGAUAGCCAACGAUUGCUAUGUAUUAGAUAAAAUGCAACAAAUCUAA